AUGACUCCAGCCAUGCGAGCACCCUUCUUCCUCUUGCUUUCAUCUGUCUUUGGUGCCAUUGAGAGGGCGAACGCAGCUGAGUGCACAGUCGAGCACAGUGAUGAUGGCGCGAUCGACGAUUCCCCAGCUUUGCUCAAAGCCUUCACUGAUUGUGCUUUGGACUCAAUCAUCCUCUUCGAGCGGGCUAACUACAGCGUCUACACGCCAGUGACACUGGCAAAUCUAAAAAACGUCACCGUUCAUAUUGAAGGUAAUCUCAACCUUCCAAACAACAUAACCCAGGUGCAGCAAGCAAUUAAUGCCACCCUCAAUCAGCCAAGUACAUAUGCCACCCCGUGGUUCUACAUUGUAGGUGAAGAUGUCCAGAUCAUCGGCUCAGACGACUUCGAAUGGGGAAGGUUCUACGGCCAUGGGCAGCAAUGGUGGGAUAUCGGAAACCGAACCCUUCGUCCUCAACUCGCCACCUUCAAUGUCACAAACGGCUUGCUUCGCGGACUAAAAGUCAUCAAACCCGUUGCAUGGGGUUGGAAUCUGCCUGGCAAGAAUAUCCGCGUUGAAAAUCAUUUCGUGGACGCGAAGCCAGAUAAUGGGACGCGUGACGACACCGUUAGUUUCCCAUUCAAUACAGAUGGCUUCAACCUGUCUGGCCAAAACAUCACCAUCGAUGGCUAUUAUGGCCACAACGGAGACGAUUGCGUGUCUGUCAUCAACGGUGCCCGCGAUAUCGUCGCCAUGAACGGAUACUGUGGGUUCUCGUCGCACGGCCUUUCCAUAGGCUCUCUUGGACGAAACGGAGCCGAACAUACCGUUCAAAACGUGCUCUUCAAGAAUUGGACGAUGGACGGUGCAGUAUAUGGAGCUCGGUUCAAGAGCUGGACGGGCGGAAGGGGGUGGGCGGAUAACAUUACCUGGGAGGACAUCACCCUGGUCAAUGUCUCGACAGGAAUUUUUAUCACCCAGAACUAUUACGAUCAAGAUAAAGGUCCUCGCCCUGACAACGUCAACAAAUCGAGCACGAACAUAUCCAAUAUUACCUUCAGAAACUUUGCAGGAAGCUUGACUACCAACUGGACCGACGGCAGCUGCAUCAGCGACCCCUGCUGGAACUACGUUCCGGGUAUCGACACAACCAAAGGAAUCAUUUUUGAUUUAUACCCGGAAACAGCACUUUCUAUCUCCGUUCAGAACGUCACCAUUCACCCCUUCAACCAAUCUGCCGAGGCGACGACCGUCCUUUGCGAUCCGACCACCCUUGCACCGGGUGAACAGGACACGCUUGGUUUCAAGUGUGAAAAUGGGCCAUUCAUAGCGACAGCAAUUGUACCCAAGUCUACUGGCUCGUCAGCGGGUCUCCAAGCAUCCACGACCAUCUUGUCCGUCCUUUGGAGGGCCGCCCCCCUCCUACUGAGCCUUUCUCUGAUUUAA